UUGGUAUCUCAGCGUCGCUGAGAUCUAUCACUGAGGUUGGGUAUUUGAUGGCCAGUUGUGGUACAAGUCACAGGUGAUAUAAGUAAAUCUCGCAUUUUCGCUACUAGUAACUUACCCUAAUUGUGUUAGGAAUGAUGUCUGUAAGUGAAUAUUCCUUGACUACUACAGCUCAUUAAGUGUUCGUGAAACUAUAUCAAGAAAUACACACAUAUUGGUGAUUAGUGCACUGAUACUGAAAACUGGUUAUGAAAGUUAGAAGAAUAACUACAGGUAUUGCAGUCUGAUCUUCCUAUAACAACCAAGAGUCACUGCAAUUUUUUAAAGGAUUCUUACGCAGCAUAACAUAUCCAGCGUGAAAAUAGUUAAGUCAGAAAUUUAAGCAAGUCAAAGAGAUCAUCUAGAGCAGCCGUCCGUCAGGUGUAGGUGAAGACGUCGUCAGUGUCUCCUGAUGACCAAGCUACCCCAGGUCUCCAAGAUGGGUGUCACUGUACCUGAUGUGGUCCAGAUGUUUGCCACAAGCAUUUGUGACACCCAACCCAUCGCCAGGAAGGAAUCAGCAAAGUCUUCAAGCAUCCAACAUGGUAUUAAAAGGCAGUUUUCUGAGGUCAGCCCAGACAGGCCACAUCCACACAGACGUAUUACCCCACAAGUUUCCAGAAGUCAGCAAAGAAGAAAAAUUGUUAACACCCCAUCCUCAGACUCCAGUUCAGACUCGGAGCAAGAAGAAUUUGCAAAAAGAGUGUGCUUAGAGAGUCGUGUGUUACCAGAUACAAAUGGAGAAGCUGUGACCAAUAUUAAGGAGUCCUAUGCUAUGAGACGAAGGCGGUUCAUGAGAACAGCAGAGGCUUUAAGGCAGUCUGGCUUGUUGGAUAUCACCUUGAAGACUGCAGAAUUAUUACGUAAAAAUCAAGCAUUACAGCAAGAGAUUGAGACUCUACAAAAAGAAACAAGAUCAUUUGUUUUGUCUGUACUUUCAAAUCCAGAAAACAGACAUAUACUCAAUAACAUUGACUCAGGGGCACAGUUAUAUGAGGUAUGUUUGAGUGUGCAAAAGUUGUGUUGUAUAGAUAUGGUAAUGAAUAAUCUUUAACUUUGUGUUACUUAUAACUAAUUGCAGCAUAAACAUCAGCAUAGUUGUCAGAAUCAGUUCAAAUAAAUCUGUAAUGCAUUGUGAUACAUUUUACAGCUCUGAGUAAAUAAUAAAUGAUAAACUUUACUUCUAAAAAAAUAUAUAGUUAGUAAUUUGUCCAGAAAUGGGUUACAUUACUGAUAAACUUUAUAGAAAGCCUCUGGCCAUACAAAGCAUUUCAGGCAGCCUUAAAAUACACUUAUAACUUUUAAUAAUUAUUAAUGGAUUUUUUGCAACACAAUUUGUUGGAAAUUUUAGUAAAAUAAUGUUAUACUGCUUGAAGCAGUUAAUACAAAGUUGAUUAAUUUUAAAAGCAGAUACUAAUCUAUAUUUCAGUAUUACUGCACAGGACAUACAAUAAAUUGAAGGUCUAAAGGCCAAUAGAAUGCUUUGCAUUCUAUUGGCCUUUAUGCUUUGCAUUCUAUGGGCCUUUUAAUUUUUCUAUAAGGAGCUGAAUAUCAUUAUUAGUAGGAAGUUAGCAACAGAUACAAGUUACAGGUUAAUAGAUACAAGUUACUGUACAAGUUAAUACGUACAAGUUACAGGUUAAUAGAUACAAAUUACAGGUUAAUAGAUACGAGUUACAGGUUAAUAUGUAAUGUACAGUGGAACCUCGGUUUUCAUUUUUAUUUCGUUCCAGAGAGUCUAAUGAAAACCAAAUUCGACAAAAACUGAAGCAAUAUUUCCCAUGAGAAAUAAUGUAAAUCUAAUUAAUCCGUUCCAGAUACCCAAAAAUAUUAACAAAAAAUACAUUUUAUAGAGAAUAACUAUAGUUUUACAUACAGAAAACAAUGAGAAAUAAAUAUAAAGCACUAAUGAAAUGGAUUAAUGAACAUUUAACAUCACUUAUACCUUCAUUGAAGACUCUUGUUGGCGUAUGGAAGACGGCGAGGAGGGGAGAGGGAGGAGAGGUUAUCUCUACCACCAUCACUACCACCCUCUACCACAAUCAUUACCACCCUCUACUGCCAUCACUACCACCAUCACUACCACCCUCUACCACCAUCACUACCACCUUCUACUACCACCACCAUCACUACCACCCUCUACUGCCAUCACUACCACCGUCUACUGCCAUCACUACCACCCUCUACUGCCAUCACUACCACCCUCUACCACCAUCACUACCACCCCUGCCACCAUCACUACCACCCACUACCACCAUCACUACCACCCACUACCACCAUCACUACCACCCUCUACCACCAUCACUACCACCUCUACUACCAUCACUACCAGCCUCUACCACCAUCACUACCACCUUCUACCA